GUAAUACAGAGCAGUACUGUAGGCGGAAAAGGAUGCUCACGAGGCUUAAAACUGCCGACGUCAUUUUCAAGCGUCACAUCUUUGUCAGUGCACAAAAUGGCAUCGUACUGCUUGACCGUCUCCCGGCUUCAGCUGAUCCUGGGCCAUGGAGUUCGCCGUCUUCAUGUGUCCGCGGCCCUCAGUGCCAAAGCCAAGGUGUCUAUGAGUCGUUUUGAGCCCAACUCCUACAUCAACUAUGAGAAACUCCAAUCCAAUGUCAAUAUUGUGCGCAAAAGGCUGAACAGGCCACUUACUCUUUCAGAGAAAAUCGUCUAUGGCCAUCUGGAUGACCCCGCAGGUCAGGAAAUUGUUCGGGGACGUACGUACCUGCGCCUGCGUCCGGACAGAGUGGCAAUGCAAGAUGCAACGGCACAGAUGGCCAUGCUGCAGUUCAUCAGCAGUGGGUUGCCCAAAGUGGCCGUACCAUCUACCAUCCAUUGUGAUCACCUUAUUGAGGCUCAGCUAGGAGGAGCCCAGGACUUGGAACGAGCGAAGGAAGUGAAUCAGGAAGUGUACAAUUUCCUUGCCAGUUCAGGGGCUAAAUAUGGUGUUGGUUUCUGGAAACCUGGCUCUGGAAUCAUUCAUCAGAUUAUUUUGGAAAAUUAUGCCUAUCCUGGAGUAAUGCUGAUUGGUACUGAUUCACACACACCUAAUGGCGGUGGAUUGGGCAGUAUCUGCAUUGGUGUGGGUGGAGCUGAUGCUGUUGAUGUCAUGGCAGGAAUUCCCUGGGAGCUUAAGUGUCCCAAAGUCAUCGGUGUGAAAUUGACAGGCAGUCUGUCAGGUUGGACCUCGCCAAAGGAUGUUAUCCUGAAAGUGGCUGGCAUCCUUACAGUAAAAGGUGGCACUGGUGCUAUUGUGGAGUAUCAUGGUCCUGGGGUGGAUUCCAUCUCUUGUACAGGAAUGGCUACUAUCUGUAAUAUGGGUGCUGAAAUUGGUGCCACUACCUCUGUCUUCCCAUACAAUCACCGUAUGAGGACAUACCUGGAGAAGACGGGCCGUGCAGAAAUUGCCAGCCUUGCUGAGGAGUACAAAGAUCUGCUUGUCCCUGACGCUGGCUGUGAAUAUGACCAACUGAUUGAACUCAACCUGAGUGAGCUGAAGCCACACAUCAAUGGUCCCUUCACCCCUGACUUGGCUCACCCAGUGUCUGACAUUGGUUCUGUGGCAGAGAAGAAUGACUGGCCUUUAGAGGUUAAAGUUGGUCUGAUUGGAAGCUGCACCAACUCAAGUUAUGAAGAUAUGGGUAGAGCUGCCUCUCUGGCCAAGCAAGCUCUAGACAAAGGGCUCAAGUGCAAGGCCCAGUUCACAGUCACCCCUGGCUCUGAGCAGAUCCGUGCUACCAUCGAGAGAGACGGUUAUGCUAAGAUAUUGAGUGAUGUUGGAGGAGUUGUCCUGGCCAAUGCUUGUGGACCAUGUAUUGGACAGUGGGACAGGAGAGAUGUUAAGAAAGGAGAGAAAAACACCAUAGUUACUUCAUUUAACAGGAACUUCACAGCCCGAAAUGAUGCCAAUCCAGCCACCCAUGCAUUUGUCACAUCUCCAGAGAUCGUUACUGCACUUGCAAUUGCUGGUACACUGAAAUUCAACCCUGAGGUUGACUACCUCACAGCUCCCAAUGGAGAGAAAUUUAAGCUGGAGCCCCCUACAGGAGAUGAGUUGCCUGCACGUGACUUUGACCCAGGUCAGGACACCUAUCAGCACCCCCCAGCUGAUGGCUCUGGACUCAGAGUGGAUGUCAGCCCACAGAGCAACCGCCUGCAGCUGCUUGAGCCCUUUGAUAAGUGGAAUGGCAAAGACCUGGAGGACUUGCAAGUGCUCAUAAAGGUAAAAGGUAAAUGUACCACUGACCACAUCAGUGCUGCUGGACCCUGGCUUAAAUUCCGUGGUCAUUUGGACAACAUCUCAAACAAUCUCCUCAUUGGAGCUGUGAACAUCGAAAAUGAUGCAGUGAAUAAGGUCCGCAAUCAGCUGUCCGGAGAUUUUGGUGCUGUACCCGAUGUUGCACGUGAUUACAAGAAAAGCGGUGUCUCCUGGGUUGUGGUGGGAGAUGAGAACUACGGUGAGGGAUCCAGCAGAGAACAUGCUGCUUUGGAGCCAAGACAUCUUGGGGGCAGGGCCAUCAUUGUCAAGAGCUUUGCCAGAAUUCAUGAAACCAACUUGAAGAAACAAGGCCUGCUCCCCCUUACAUUUGCUAACCCUGCUGAUUAUGACAAAAUCCGCCCAGAUGAUAAAAUAUCCAUCGUCGGCCUCCAGAAAUUCGCCCCUGGAAAGCCUCUGCAUGCUGUACUCAAGCACAAAGAUGGCAGCAAGGAAACUAUUGAGCUAAACCACACUUUCAACGAGACACAGAUCGAAUGGUUCCAGGCAGGCUCUGCCCUAAACAGGAUGAAGGAGCUGCAGUAAAAAAAGGACUGUUCCUGAAGAAAGCGCAAGGACCUACACAUACAGAAAAGUUAUGGCAUCAAAUAUUCAGCAGAUGGCUUUGUAAUUUGUCAAGGCAGGAAUUAAACACACCCCAAUCAUAGUUACAGCAUCCUA